GUCGGGGCUGAUGUCCACCAUUUUCCACCCUGCCAUGACCAGCGUCUACAACCUGCUGCGCGCUCCGCCCGCGGCACCUACAACAUUGCCAGACGAUGGCAGGCACCAGGUGAGCUUUGAAAAGGUCACCGUCAACUCGAUGAGAGUGAAGUGGAUGGCCGAGCUAUCACUGGAACCCCAAAGCAAGGUCUCCAUAGAAACUACCUUGAGUCUGGCUCAGUCCGAGGCUCCACAGAUCCAUCGAACAUUGGAACUGGUGACUGGCCCUGAUGGUGUGAUCGAUGGUGUUGCGGACUUCCACUUUCUGUUACCUGGGCAGGAGUAUGUCUUCUGUUUGUACCUUGAAAGAUCUAAAGACCCACUGCUGCGGCGGUCUGCGACCACUGGGCGAUGUGGAAUGAAUUUGCCCUUCCACCUGGCGAUGAUGAUCCCAGCAGAGAUGUGGAUGACCUAUGUUGGGGUGGAGCAUGAGCUCGGAGAAUGGCUUGGAAGUUGUCCGGAAGACAUGGUCUGGGCUGUGCAGCCUUCCUUUGAGCUGCUGCGUGGACUCUGGCGCAACGCCUGCUUCACGCUGCCCUCCACGGGUUCCCCGGUGACGCAAUGCCCGAAUCCCAUCUCCAGGUACUGCUUAGACCUGACGCGAAGCCAACCCUGGUUGAGGAGCAAAAAGGUGAGGCGUCACAAGGGUGAUUUCCGCGUCACAGUCAACGCGGAUUACAGACAGACCUUCAAGCACUGCGAGAAGAUUCACUUGGAGAACCAUCGCAGUACCUGGAUUACUCCGGACCUGGUGAGCAGUUUGGAUCGAUGCCGAAAGGAAGAUUCUGAUCUAAAGGUCUAUUCCAUUGAGCUUUGGGAGAAAAGUAGUGGCAAACUUGCAGCUGCCAUCAUGGGACUUUCGAUGGGCGAUGUCUUUCACGACUACACUAUGGCGACCAUGAUGCGCGACGACCGAUCCCCUGGAGCAAUCUUGACCAAGGUAGUCGGACAUCUUCUAACAGAAGCCGGCUACACGCUGUGGUAUUGGGGAUACAAGAAUCCUUACAUGGCGGAAUACGACGGACAGUAUGGUGGACUUCUCAUGAACAAUGCCAAGGAUUUCUGGCCGCGCUGGCGCAGUGCCAUGGAGAUGGCGGCUUCGUGCCCUGAGAAGAGUCCGGACCUCGCAAAGCAAGUGCAGACAGGCCUUGAUCUGUCCUUGCUGUGAGG